AUGCCGCCUGCGUACGUCGUUGUGCGGCGCGCGCCGGACUAUCAAAAGCUCGAUCCUACUACAGACCAGAGGAACACGAUCAUCGUUGCCUGUGUCUAUGCGCUCGCGAUUCUCCUCCUGUGGAAUAUUCCGAUCCUCAAGGUGGUGCUCUACCCCUUCAAGCUUUUGUCCGUCGAGCUCGACCCUGACGAGGGUGGUGCGACGCGCAUGCGCGGUGGUAUUCACUUCUUGACGCUCCCGGCAGGGUAUCUUGGAUCUUCGCUUAUUGGCGCUAUUUUGAUUGCCUGUGGGUUUGACGAGCGCGCGAGCAAAGUGGCCAGCAUUGUGGUGGGCAUCUUUUUCCUCUUUAUGCUUUGUACAUGGGUUCUCAUUAUCAUCAUGAUUGGACUAUUUGUAUUGUUCUGGGGCGUGAUGAACUGUCUCUACUCUGUGUGGGACAUUUGCGAUGACCUCAUCUUCCGCAAAGUAAAUGAGUCGGAUGCGACCGCAUUUGCCAAGCUUGUGGGCUGCUGUCCGCCGCAAGUGUGGGGCUUCAUCUGGCUCCUAAUCAGCAUCGCGUUCUUCGCAGGGGGUAUCCUUGACGGCGCGUACCUCAUCGAGCACUUUGUAUAUCAAGUGUUUGUUUAG